AUGAUUGAUGAUUUUCAUUACUAUAAUGGAACUUUUCUUCGUACAAAUAAUUUGACUCCAUAUUGUCUACGUCCAUUAUUGAAUGAUUCUAUUGAUGAAAAUUUAACGCUGAUUGUUGGAUCGAUAGAAAACACAAUUACGUUUAAAAGUUUACGUUCUCAACGAAUUCGUAGUGAAGAAUUACUUGAAUGGUCUAUAUCAAUUGAUGUAAUUGAAGCAUAUGCUACAUAUCUUAUUAAAAAUGAUACGAAAUUUGACGAAUAUGUCUUCUACAAUUGUUCCUUAUCAUGGUUUGGUUCUCGUUGUCAAUAUACAUUUGAUUUGAAUAUUUCAAUUCAAUCAUUUGGAGAUUUUCUAGUUAGUUCAUUUCAUAAUCGAGAAAAAUUUGAAUACCAAUUAAUAAUAAAUACUUGUUAUCGACAUUUACCUGAAUGUUAUCGUGGUCCUUCGCCAAUGUGUUUAGAUUGGCGUGAAAUAUGUAAUGGAAUAAUUGAUUGUAUUGGAGUUGGAGAUAGUUUUGGGAUAGAUGAAGAUUAUUGUGAAGAACUUGAAAUGAAUGAAUGUAACGAAGAUGAAUAUCGAUGUCAAAAUGGAGCACAAUGUAUUCCGUUAGAAUUUUUUCGAGAUGGCUGGACUAGUAAAGAUUGUCUAGAUGGAACAGAUGAAGAGGAAGUUCCUGAAAGAACGCUACUGAUUAAUGAUAAUAUUAAUAAAUUAAAUUGCAUAGGAAAUGUAACAUUUUUUUGUGAAGAACGUAGUUGCCGUAAUUGGGAAUCAUUUCCAUGUGGUGAUGGGCAAUGUCGUUCUUAUGGGCUCAGGGAUAUUUAUAAUCACCCGAAAGGACUUUUGUGUCCAGGUACAAGUCGGGAUGACUAUUAUCUUCGAUCAAUUUAUAUGACAGUCAGACAACUGCCGAAAGAUUGCUAUAAAUUACUAUCGUACAAACUAAGAUUGGAUUUAUCUCAGAAAAACAUCACAUUCGACGAAGAAAACUGGUCACUUGAUGAGUUAAUAUCAACAAAUAAUUGCUCAUUAGAAUACAUACCGUUUCCUGCCAAGCCUGUCUUCAAUGGUUUUUUCCAGGUUAUCUAUUCAUUGAAAAAUUUGAUCGAAAAUUUGUUCAAUAAUGCUUCACCUGAUUAUGUUUGCAAUGAUCCACGACAAUGUCUACAUCUACCAGAAGCAACAAUUCAAAUAGGAGAUUUAGAUUGUCGUUCAUUUGAAAAUAUGACUGGGGCCUCUCGUGUUUUAAACCUAUUAUAUUUACAUUCUGAACUUGGACCACUCGCCGAUGCUUGUUCGACAACGGGCAAUAUAAAUAAAUAUCCAUCGAAUUCAUCGUUAUUUUUCUGUGAAUUAUCUAAACGGUACAUUUCUAAACAUCGUCUUGUCGAUGGUAUCGAUGAUUGUAAAUAUGGAGAAGAUGAAGAAUAUCCAUAUAGUUGUUUAUUAAAUGAUUCUCAACGUCAUUCAUGUCCAUCGGAAGAUAAAUGUUUAUCACCUUUAAGUCUUGGUUACGCUUUACCUGACUGCAUAGAUGACGAUGAUUCAAGUAUUUAUCGGCGACGAAAAUUUGUAUUUACACACUUAUGUAAUUUAGUUCCUGAUAGUUACUAUGAAGAGGAAAAUGAUGAAACUGAUGAAACUAAUUGUGAAUGGUGGCCAUGUUAUACUCCAUACACACGAUGUGAUGAACUUUAUCAUUGUACCAAUGUCAUUGACGAAACGGGUUGUCCUGCUUUCGGUUGUGCCGCGAAUGAAUUAAAGUGUAAUAUUGAAAAUCCUGUUGGCCAUCGAUGUAUUUCUCACGAUUAUAUCUACGAAAAAGCGAUCGAUUGCAGUGGUAUACCUGUCCCUGAUCGAAGAUUAUUUUAUUCGAGCAAUUUUACUAAUGACAAGAAUGAAUAUUUAUCAUGGAAGGCAAUAACUUGUUUGACAGAGAACCAUAUUUGUGGUCAUCAAUCAAUUAAUAAUCCUAAUUUAGUGUGCAAUCCAUACAUUGCACGGAAAUUUAGUUUACAUGCCGACUCAUUAACGAAUAUCGAUAAUAAUGAAUCAUUAUGUACAUUAAAAGGCGUUUUUUCUCCUCGGUUGUAUAUUCGUUACUUUUCUGCAUGGAAUCUUGGAUAUUUUCCAUUAAGAAUAAAUUCUACAUCAUCAUUGUCUCGUCAAAAUAUUAAUGUGAAAAAAAGUUCGAUGUACCCAUUGAAUAAUAAUAUUAAAUUAAUCGAAUAUUGUAAUCGUGGUUUUAUUAUAUAUGAAGGAAAAUCCAAUAAAAAGAAAUGUUUAUGUCCUCCAAGUUACUUUGGUUCGCAAUGUCAAUGGCAAAGUCAACGUAUUAGUUUAACACUUAAAAUACGUAAAUUAAUUUCAGUCGAUAAAAUUCAUUUGGUUUAUCAAAUAUUUAUUUAUUUAAUUGAUGAUAAAAAUCAAAUAAAACAUUAUUAUGAACGAAUUAAUUAUAUUCCAUCACGAGAUUGUCAAACUAAAUUUAAUCGUUAUUUACUUUAUCCAAAUCGUCCUAAAAAUAAGAAUGAAAAGUAUUCAAUCCAUAUUGAUAUAUAUGAUAAAAUAACAUUAGAUUAUUAUGCUAGUUAUUAUUUAAAUAUUCCUUUUCAAUUUUUACCAGUUAAUCGUUUAUCUACUAAAUUAAUAAUUCCACCAGAUAAAUCUCAAUUAUCAACAAAUUGUUCAUUAGAUUGUGGAACUCAUGGGAAAUGUUUUGAUUAUGUUAAUAUACCAAAAUCAUUUUGUCAAUGUAAUCAAGGAUAUUCAGGUCGUUUUUGUAAUUUAACAUAUGAAUGUUUAUGUUCACCUGAUUCAAUCUGUUUAAAUUCAUCAAUUUGUUUAUGUCCAUUCGAUAAAUUUGGUUCUCAAUGUUAUUUACAACAUACAUCUUGUCAACCUCAUAAUCCAUGUCAAAAUAAUGGACAAUGUAUGCCUAUUGAUGAUCGAAUUAAUGAAAAAGAUUUUAUAUGUUUUUGUAGCGAAGGUUACAUGGGAUUAAAUUGUCAAUAUAAAUCAACUGAAAUUAAUAUUCAUUUUAAAACAAAUAUUAUUCCAUCAAUGAUAUUUGUUCAUUUGAUAAAUGCAUUUGAUAAUAAACCACAUGAACGUAUAACAACAUUUAAAAAAGUUCCGAUUGAUGAACAAUCAGUGACAUUAUUUAUUGAACAAUCAUUUAACAUUUUAUUUAUUCAAUUCCAUAAUAACUCGUAUCUUACUGUUAUAAGAGAGAAAUUUGAUCCACCUGAACAUAUUUUUACUGAUGUCAAAAGCGAGAAUAUGUGUGUUAAUGUGAACACAUUUUUUAAUGCAACAAUACUUAAUUAUACUUAUCUUCGUCGAUUAAAAUAUUACCAAUUUCCAUGUCUUCAAAAUUCCGAAUUGAAAUGUUUUUAUGAUGAAAUACAUAUGUGUAUUUGUGAUCAAAAUCGAUAUUCUAAUUGUUUAGAAUUUGAUCAUAAUAUUUCAUAUGAUUGUCAAGGAUAUAAUCCUUGUCAAAAUGAUGGUGAAUGUUUUCAAGACAAUGUUACAUGUCCACAAUCAUCAAUAUGUAUGUGUAAAAAAUGUUAUUAUGGAAAGAAAUGUCAAUUUAAUACAAAAGGUUUUGAUAUAUCUCUUGAUGCAAUAUUUGGAUAUCAUAUUAAACCAUUUGUUUCAUUUGUUAGUCAAUCAAAAUCAGUGAAAAUAACUUUAUCAUUAACAAUUAUAAUGCUUAUACUUGGUUUUAUUAAUGGAUUAUUAUCAAUAAUGACUUUCCGAAGAACAAAACCACUUGAAGUUGGUUGUGGAAUUUAUCUUUUAAUAAAUUCAAUUGUUUCAUUAUUAACGAUAAGUAUUUUUACAAUAAAAUAUUGUCAACUUAUUCUUUUUCAAAUGAAUACUAUAACACAUCGUUCACUUAUUUCUUUAAGUUGUUUAUUAACUGAUGUAUCAUUGAAAAUCUUUCUUAGUUCAGGUGAUUGGUUAAAUGCAUGUGUGGCUAUUGAAAGAGCAUUUAGUGUUAUACAAGGAGUUCGUUUUAGGAAAUCUCAAAGUAAAUUAAUAGCUAAAUAUGUUAUAAUAAUUGUAUUCUUAUUAACAUUUAUUUCUUAUAUUCAUGAUCCAAUAUCGCGUCAAUUAUUAGAUGAAGAUGAAGAAAGAAUAUGGUGCAUAGUUAAAUAUUCAUCAAAAUUAAAAAUCUAUGAUAGAUUUAUCAAUAUAUUUCAUUUUUUAACACCAUUUAUAAUUAAUUUUUCAUCUGCUAUAAUUAUUAUUAUUCAAGUGUUUAGAUCUCGUUCAAAAAUUCAAUCGAAUUCAACACGUACAACUAUUUUUGUUAACGAAGUCAAACGACACAAACAUAUAUUGAUUUCUCCAUGCAUUUUGAUGGCAUUAGCUGUUCCGCGUUUAAUAAUAUCACUUCUAUCGCAAUGUAUGGAAAGUGCUCGCAAUCCAUGGCUUUUUCUUGCUGGUUAUUACGUUUCAUUUGUUCCACCAUUACUUAUCUUUGUAGUAUUUGUAUUACCUUCAGAGAUGUACAAAGACGAGUUUGUUGCUAGUAUAAGAGAGAAAUUUUAA